AUGAAUAUGCAGAUAGCGCUGCCCGCCGCGCACUGCCCCGCCCUCUACCUUCUCCCUCGCAACCGACUCUUCCUUCAAACGGGAAACAAGAUGGCGGCUGCAGGUCCGAGUACGCGGGCCUCUUCCGCGGCUGCAGCGGCAGCUCUGAGUCGGCGGGGCCGGCGAGGCCGCUGCGAGGAGAUGGCAGCCAAGACCGGCGCCCGGGGCUCGGCUUCUGGACCCGCGCUGCUGGUGCUGCCGCCGCCGUUGCUGCAGCCGCCGCCACCGCCGCGGCCGGAGGAGUCGGGCUGCGCCGGGUGCCUGGAGACCCCGGGGGAAGCGGCGGCCCUGCCUUGCGGCCAUUCGCUGUGCCGAGGCUGCGCCCAACGCGCCGCCGACGCCGCGGGCCCGGGCUGCACGCGCUGCCGCGCCCGCGGUCCGGGCUGGGCCCGUCGUCGGGCCCGCGACGACGGCCGGGCCGACGCGGAGGGGCUGGGCGAACGCGCCCGCCGCGGCCCGCCAGAGCGCUGCCGCGCGCGCCGGGACGGGGGCGCGGCCGCCGCGGGGCCCAGGCCGGAGCAGGAGCCGCGCGCCGCGCCCGCGGAGCCAGAGUUUAUAUUCAGAGCACCAAUCAAAUUAAGCAAGCCUGGGGAACUUCGUGAGGAAUAUGAAAGCCUGAGAAGGCUGAGAGAAGAAAAGUUACAAGAGGAGAAAACCUCUGAAGAACAAAUCCACAAACUGUUACCAGAGGAUACAGAAACAGCAAAAAGGAAAAUGGAUGAACAGAAAAAAAGAGAUGAGCCAUUAGUACUGAAAACAAAUCUGGAACGUUGUCCUGCACGUCUCUCAGAUUCAGAGAAUGAAGAACCUUCCCGAGGCAAGAUGACCCAGACACACCGCUCAGCGUUUGUUUCCAAGAACAACUCCUACUCCUUAGCCUUCCUUGCAGGGAACCUGAAUUCCAAGGUAGAAAGGAGUCAAAGCUGCAGUGACACUGCUCAGGACAGAGGGAAGAGCAGACUCAGAGCAGCUCCAGCCAGCAAAGCCAAGGUCCCAGCUAUGACCCCAGCAUCUAACCCCAUCAUUGGGGUCCUCUUGUCCACUCGAAACAACCGCUGCCUCUCGGCCCCUGACUUAACCAUUGAAAAGCGUCUGCCCUUCAGCUCCCUCUCAUCCUUGGCUUCAUUGCAUAAGCCAGAGCGCUCCAUCAGCCCUGAGAGCAAUGACAGCAUCUCUGAAGAGUUAAACCAUUUCAAGCCCAUUGUCUGCUCCCCAUGUACUCCUCCCAAGAGACUCCCUGAUGGCCGUGUGCUAAGUCCCCUCAUCAUCAAAUCAACACCCCGCAACCUAAACAGAAGCCUGCAGAAGCAGACUUCUUAUGAAGCCAGUCCACGGAUCCUCAAAAAGUGGGAACAGAUAUUUCAGGAGCGGCAGAUCAAAAAGACCCUUUCGAAAGCCACCCUCACCUCCCUGGCUCCUGAAACAGGGGAAGAUUUAGUUGUCACUGAAGUUACUCAUUCUAGCAAGGAGAAGCCACCUCUGACUUUAAAUACAAGACUGUCCACUGGUCAAGUACUCUCUGAGUAUACUGGACCCACCCCCACUGACCCUGAUUAUUUCCCCUCUGUUAGCCAGACAAAAGCAGAACGGGACAGUGAUAGUAGAAGGAGUCCUGAGAUCCCAUUGGAAACCUGCUGUUCUUCAGAAUUCAGAGUGGGAGCCAGUGCAACUUCUUUGGAGAGAGAGCAGUUUGAAGGAUCAGGGUCAACCCUAGAUGCCAAGUUAGACAAAACCUGUAUAAGCACAACCCUGAAAAUCUCGGCAGUUAAUUCAGUGCUACCCCAAAACAGUGUUUUGGGUGGGGUUCUCAAAACAAAGAAACAGCUGAAGUCAGUGAGUCGUUUUGAUCUGCCUAAUGGUAUUCUGACAGACAACCUAGGUGAGGAACCACUUCCUUCCUUGCGUCGGGGCCGAAAAAGGCACUGUAAGACCAAGCACUUGGAACAAAAUGGCUCCCUUAAGAAGCUGCGACAAAGCAGUGGCGAGGUGGGAGUGGCCCCAACAGACCCAGUACUGCGAGAGAGGGAGCAGAAACUGCAGCAAGAGGAAGAGGACCGCCAGCUGGCUCUGCAGUUGCAGCGCAUGUUUGACAAUGAGAGGCGCACUGUGAGUCGACGAAAAGGAAGCAUGGAUCAGUAUCUCUUACGGUCCAGCAAUGUGGCCGGGGCCAAGUAGCACCUAAUGAACAGUGUUACCUAUUUUUAAGAGGUCUUUGGGCUUGAUCAUUUAUCCUGAAGAGCUGAGUGUUCUCACUUUGGGUGUCUUUUAAUGGCAAAACACUGUCUGAUAUGAUUCGGAGAGGUCCCGGGGCCUUUGUAGUCUGUAUCCAAGGGAAUUGCAUCUUUGCCUCCCUGUGACCCAGGCCAGAAACACUCCCCACCCUUAAGUGGCCCAUCACUCAGGGCUUCUGGGCCAAAUCUGGCAACACCCAACUUGGAAUGAGACUCAGGAGCACAGUGGACAGAAUUAGAAAUGGUACAGGAAAGAGGAGAUACCUUCUCAAACUGAUAGACCUCCUGACUUCCUUCACCAGGGUGUUGUUUUAAACCAGCCUUGCAGAUAAAAAUUUAGUUCCAUCUUUUCCCAAAAAGUGGAACAGUGUCAUCCUUUGGCAGAUCCAAAGAGAUUAUGUUCCCCCUUCUCCUUACUCUUGCCACAAGUAAAUAUACCCAGUGAAAUCAGUUGAGUUUAUACUUCUACAAAAGUAAAUUUACAUUCCCUGCGUAAAAAAUGACAUUUGAUUAAUGCUAUAUAGUUGACCAACCACAUUCACAGUCAUUGUUUAAUUUGGUCUUCCCAGGAAACUUAACACAGAAGUGAUAUUAGCUCCAUUUUUAGAUGAUAAAACUGCAGUGCAGAUUUUCAGGAUCUCUGAACUAAGAGGCAGAGCCUAGACUGACUGCUGGAUCUCCUGACAACAAAUCCCAUGGAUUUUCCAUGCUAACAGGCUGCUGUUAUGAACAGCAACUCAAGGGCAUGCCAGGGGAGCCUAGGGAAAGCUGGCUGGGCAAAGAAUACCCAUCAUGCAAAACCCACAUGCAGAUAAUUGAGAUUGACUGGAAGUAUCAAUAUAUACUGUGCCCAUAUCCCCACCCCGAUGGUUUACUGCCUUCUUUAUUCCUGGGGGUGGGGGUUGGAGGGCCUCUACCCUGUGAGAUAAAUGACAAUUGGAUUCCAUUAUUACCAUCCACAUAGCCGAGGGUUAUCUGCAGUGUUGAUCUAAAAUCCAAAAAAUUUGCCAGAAGUCAGGCAAGAACAAUGCUGAAACUCCAUGCUAUGGAAACAAGGUAUCUAGCUGGUUACAGCUGGUAAAUUCAGUCCCAUGAACCUUUGGGGUUUAUUUUCCUUAGCAGCCGACACCAUGUGUCUUUUGCAUCCCUGGUGGUGCUUGGUGCUUCUGCCCGUCUGGGCUCUUUGAGAAUAGGGAUUAAGGUAUGACUUUAGGGAAUUUCAGAUGGGCUGGCAUUCCCUGUGCAUGUAUGAGCUGUUACUAUAAAGACAUAUGACUGGCAUUUUAACAAACUUUUCAGAGCUUAUAUAUCGCUAUGUAUGUUGUCCCCCUUGAGUGGUCCUAACAGGAUACUGCAUAGGUUUUUCAAUGAUGUUGCCAUUGGCAAAAACAUUUCUGGAACUAUCCUCAAAGUGUAGAAACUUUUAGAAACAUAGAUUUCUAAAAUGUUAAUACGAGAAGGGACCUUAAUGGUCACCUCUUCAAACUCUUCCUCUUAGUAAUGUGGAAGAUAACAUCCCAAACAAUGACUCACUGAUGUAGGUCACUAGGGAUUUACUAUAUCGCCUUUUGAUUCUUCUCAGGAGAUUUCCCGCCCUUCUUCUCUGAGCAAACAUCUUUAAUCUUUCAAGGUUAUAGGAAAGAAAAUUUUAAGUUUGAAAUUAGAAGCUAUUUGAAGCCUCUAGAAGAGAAGGUAGGUUAUCAAGAGGGUUUGAAGUAGUAAAUAUAAUGCAGCUGUAAAGCAAUCAGAUCCAUUUUCUUGUGUAGCUUAUUAACAAUUCCCAAAGAGAAGUUCCAGAGAUGUCUUAAGCAUUUUGGUCAUCAUUGAGAUAUGUGGAACCUCUUCAGUGACUACUUCAGUGGGAGUGCCCCUCACCUGAAUGUGUAUGUAUUCUGUGCGUCUUUGCGUGCCCACAUGCAGAAGUAUGUUUCAAAAAACAUACAUCAGUCUCAUUACUUUAUAUUCACACCACUUCACUUCUAGGUCCCACCAGCAACAUAAGCCCUCCAAAGACUGCUGGAGGAUUGGUACCCAAGAUGGAAGAGCUGGCACUGGUCUGCAGAGGACAGGAAGGGUGACUUACUAAGUGCCCUUUGAGGAAACAUCCAUUACUGCCAUUUCAUGUAGUUCCUUUUUGAUCUUAGUAUUACUGGGAGUCUAGUCUCAUUGGUAGAAGCAAAGACACUUAUUUUUCCACCUGCCACCUUUUUCUAUAUCUCCAAUAAUUUGAAAGGCACUUUUCAGUUGGAACAGAUUUUUGGUUUUGGAAAAAAGAUAAAUAUUUUUAAUAGAAAAAGACAUAUAUUUUAAAUAUUUCCCCAAAGUAAUGCUUUCAUUUUAAGCAAUUGCCCAGCAGUAGCAACAAAUUUUAGCUUCAGGUGCAGAGUGAACAGCCACUUGUUAAAUGCUGGAUCCAGCUUACUGACUUUCCUGCUUGCACCUACUCUGGUGCCUAGAAUGGUAAAUGUUGUUCUUUCCCAAACUUCCAGCUGAGCAGUAGUCCUUCAAAUACAGGUAAAGCAGUUUAGGUUAAAGAGGGACUUGGCUCCGUCAUUAAAAUUCUCAGCUUGGGAGGAGGAAAAAAACCACUAAGGUAUUUUCUAUAUUUUAAGUUUUGUCCCAUACUUAAUAACUAAAACCUGAACAUUUUUUCUUUUGAAAAAUUUCCUUCUCCUGUUUUUUGAUUGUGGAGUUGGUCACAAAUGGAGUUAUUGAUAUGACUUCUUUGGAGAAAUGAAAGACAAGGUAAAUAGAGGGAUGAGGGGAGGGUUUGUGAGAUAGAACAAGAUACAGUAUUUUACAAAGCAAACGUAUUUCUCACAGAUCACUGGAAUCUAAUUCACCAUACAAAUUUCUCAUGUCCUGCUAACUCUGUUCCUUGUGUAUAUGUAUUCUGUGUUUUUUAUUAAAGGAGAAGUUGAAGGUGGUUGGAGAAUAGAGGUCAUUUUGAUGGGAAACCAAACAAUGUGGUGCCCUGAGAAGGGGUGCUCAGCCCUGGCCCAGAUGGGGAGAGACAGUUGACUGUGUCUGUUGGACGAAGUUACCCAGGCCUGUUAGGUUGGUGUCAGAUCGGGAUUAUACCUCCAGCCCCGACUCCUUUCCUAUAAUUGCCUCUUUUUAAAAGGUUGAUUCUUCUUGGCUUAGGCUUCCCAGGAAAACCUUUUGUAAGUGGCUUCAUUCAUUUUUGUUUAAUUUUUGAAAUUUUUGCCUGGAGGACAAACUGGUGAUGAAUCUUCUUUUUGUUGUUGUUGUUGUUGAUCAUUUUCCCAAAAAAAUGCCCUUAACAGAGUAAAGCUGCUUAAUUAAUUGCUGUAUGAUUACAAACUGAGAAACCAACUGAAAUGGGAAGCUGCCACUGUGCAUGCCUGGCGAAGCUGGUGACCGAAGGCUGUGCCGUUCAUCCUUCUGUUACAUUCGACAGAUGCUUCCUGAGCCCCGAACUUGUGCCAGCCCCGUGCUGGGUUGUGGAGACACACACAAAUGGAAAAGACAGUCUCUGAUCUUGAGGAGCUCAGUGUGUAAUGGAAUGUAUUUGAAUGUAUGUAUGGCUGAAAGUUUGUUAAUGGUCUUUUGAAAGGCCACUUCUUUCAUAGUGAUCUUGGACAGUCCAUUCAAGGUACUGUCCAGCACCCAGCAGACUGCCUUGAACAUUUCAGAUGCCCCCAUCAGUAUUUGUGAAUUUUACUGUAAUACUGCUUUCCAUUUCCUAAGUGUUCUACCAGAGGACAAUGGAUGCUCUCCUCCAGUAAUUACAGGAUGGUAACAUCUUCAAGAGCUGCUUUUAGCAUAAGUCUCAAGAAAUAAGUCAGGUUGUGAUUGAUCACUACCAUGGUCAGGGCUUACAUGUCAACUUGGAAACCUUUUAACCUCUUCCCCCAGCCAGACUGCUCACCAGAGCUGGCAGCAGCUUGGGGUUCCUUUCCCUUUGUCCUGCCUGGCUCUGCACCGAGCUGGAAGGUCAUCAGAGGAGGAAGGAAAGAAACACUGAAGGCUGGAUCACAAUCAAAAUGCUAUAGGUGGAACAGACAUGGAAGUCAUCUAAGUUAAAUUUGAUCCCUACCACCCCUCUUUUCUUUUUUAAGAAAUGAGGAUCUUAAGGUCCAGUGCCCUGUGCCCUGUUUUAUACUGUAGCUUCCUAGGGUCUGAAUAAAUAGUCCAUUAAGUUAUGUAUACACACACAACUUGCUAAUGAGGGGACAUCGAAAUUAUUUAGGAGGCUCUUUAACAGCUUUUCCUUGAUUUUUUUUCAGUUAGAAUUAAAAUAUACCUAUAGCCCCUGAAAACAACCCUGGUCGGGAAAAGCCCCAUAGAAUGAGUGAUAUGAAUAUGGAAUCUUAGGAAGUGAUAUAUUUUUAUUGGAAUAGUCAUUCUAACCACCAAGAGUUAAAACCCAGCCAGCUCUUCAUUUUUCUUUGAAAAUCCAGAACUCCUUAGGAACUUAAAUCCUUCUCAGCCAGCCUUUUCCUCAUCAAACCAUAGAGUAGUCUUUUGAUCUGGUUUUCAGAAGUGAGCAUAUAUAGAUGCUAUAAAAAGUCUUGUGACUCAGUGAGAAAACAGUGUGCUUUUGUCAGGGACGGCACAGAUUCUGGGGAAAGAAGCUGCUAAGGAGCUUUUCCUCUAAAGAUGAUCCAGAAAUGUAUCUUUACACAUGAUUGUUAUUCACUGUAGCUUUCUGAAAAUUAUUCUACAGAAAAGAGGUAAGCAGAGAUUACCAGUUUAGAUAUUAAAUUGGAUAAAGGAAAAGUGCCAAGACUGAAUGUGCACAUUGUUCCAUGUAUCAUCAGUAUUUUUUUUCUUCCUAAGAAGAAUAUUUACACUUUUUGCUUUGUGAGUAAAUGCUUCCUUAAUAUCUUGUCAGUGUGGGAGGCAGCCUCAAACUUGGAACAGGCUCUGCCUUUUCUGGUGUCUUACAUCAAGAACUAGUCGGACAAAGCCAAGGCAAGGGCAGGCUUGUUCAUCUUUUUGUUUAAAAGGGGUAAAAACAGGCAGUGCACUCCUCAAAGUUCAAGCCAUUAGAGCUCAAGAGUAGCUUUUGGGCCCUGGCCCUGAAUGCAACAGUCAGAUUCUCCCUUGGUGGCCCUGCCCAUCCUCCAAGCUGUGCUACCAAUGGGAGCAGGGGCUCUCAGUGGGUUCAACCCUUGGCCUCUAGCAGAACACUUUAAAAAGUCCUAAUAAGAGAAUGGAUAACUGUGCAAGGAAAGAAUGAUUAUUAAAUGCCAACCUGUUUUUUUUUUUUGCACCUAAUCAACUGUUUACUCUCAAUUCUUUGUACAAACAGCUGUCUUAAGGGCCUUUUCCCUUUCCCCCAGAAAUAGAAAAUGGUUGUAUAUUGGUUUUAUUCAACCUGCUGUCUGCAUUAGAAUUGGAGAAGGGCCCUGGAUCCUUGUGCACUGCCACUGCUAGCUGCUUCUCCAACACAUAAUGAGCAUUUUGACAAAAGAGUACUCAGAACAGGGUGUGCCCUGUCAGGAAUGCUGCUGCCAGCAGAGAGAUGGCACAGGAUCAAAUGGCAUGAUGUGUUGUUUAAACAGUACCAAAGUGCGUUUUUCAGUGUAUGUUUGCCUGUUUGAGGAGGGGCCCAUGUUGAGAAUUCAGUAAAGCAAACUCAUGAAAGUGAA